AUGAAAGUGGAUUUUUUAACGCGUUUUAAAGGAAGGACUUCUACAAUGAACAAGCGUGAAGGAGUCAUUGGCAUCAUUAAAUCAAAUGGAACUCCCAUUGAGAAAAUGCCUGCCUCCUACACCUUUAGUUCAUACAUCUCCAAUUAGAAUGCCUAUAACUAUUCAGAUAUUGAAAAGCACUCACAACCCUCCAACGACGUGACUCCAACAAGCAAAGACCCAGUAGGUCAUUACCAACAUUAAAACAUUCAACAAAAGUAGAAAAUUAUCACAUGCCUCUCCAUUGAAACCUGGAACCAAUAUGUCCAGACCAUGUAUAGAUCACAAUUUGUCCCCGAUAAAGAAAUGUAUUAAUUCCCACUCUCGAAAACUGGGUCGGUCAAUUUAAACGAUUAUGAAUUGAUUGCAAUACCUAAAAGUGUGUUGUAAUAUGGUAUUAGAGUAGAACAUCCAGAUGGUGACCAACCAAAAUCAACUGUCUUGCCAAAUAUCUCAAGACAAUACUACUCUAAGUCCCAAUCCCUUGAUUUACAAUAAGAUAGACCAAUGGUCAAAUCAGAAAUAUUAAACUAAGGUUCCUAUGCAAAACAAAAAGAAAAAAGAAGUCUUCUCAUAGCCGGAAUGAAUUCAAUUAAAUGAUUGCCUUUUUUUCUGAUAUCGGAGGAGUAAAAAUCUUUGAUGUUUGAAAAUUAUUAAUAAAAUUAUACUCAC